CAGUGACAGCGAUACAUAUUUGGUUACGACGAUAUUCGCUGAUGGCUCUUCUUUAAGGUUUUCUUUUUGUUUUUUUGCAUGCAAAUAUCGUCCGUCUCUAACGAAAACGUAAAUGCGAAAGGCAGUGAAAAUUUAAACGAAACAACAGAAAUUCUUUAAAUUCAAUGGAGUAUUAAUAUCUAAAGGUCAUUUCAUGUGAAUCAUACAAAUCCAAAAAUUCCAAGUAAAAUUUACAAUAACAAAAUACUAUCAUUUACGUGCCCUAUUAACAAGCGUGCGUUAGUGCGUGGUAAUUGCGUGUUAAACAACAAACUGCAAACGCUGGCAAAAACUAAAGCCAAAUAGGAAAGAGAAAUCGCAAAAAAGCAAAAAAAAAAUAACAGCAAAUACAAAACAUUUUUGUGUAGUUCGAGAUUAGCUACUUAUUACAUGGGUCUAACAGAUCAAGAUUGGAUUGGCUGUGCGGUCAGCCUGACCUGCGACGACGAGCUGGGCGUAUUUCAAGGACUGAUCAAGAAAAUCUCGGCCGAAGAGAUAACCAUAGUGCGCGCCUUUCGCAACGGUGUUCCAUUGCGCAAACAGAACGCCGAGGUGGUGCUCCGCUGUGCCGAUAUCAAGAGCAUCAAUCUCAUUGAGCCAGUGAAGGAUGUUGAGACGACAACGCCGACUGUGAUUAAUAAGCCGACGCCUGUUAAAUUGCCCCAUUUCACGAACAUAUUGGGCAAGCAACAACUGCAGCAUCAACAAGAGCAACAGCAGCGUGAGAAGGAGCUGCCUGUCCAUGGCAGAAAUGGAACGGUCGCAGCUGGGAGCCAUUCGGCUCUGAGUGAUAAAAUGCAACAACUAAUGCUCAGCACAAAUGGCACUGGCGCGAAUGGAGUGCGAAGUACACCUCAAUCCUCACGUGCUUCGAGUGCGAUGCAGCAGCUGGCGACAACGCCAAAUAGUGUUGCCGCCUUUUUUGGUAAUAUGAUACCAGCCAAAGUGGAGGUGAAGUUGGGAAGUACGGCAUACAAUGGAGGAGGAGUGAGCGGAGCUGGAGGAGGUGGGAGCUACUGUAGCAGUAGUGCGGAUGGCAGUUGCGGCAGCGGCGAAGUAUCUGGAAGCAGCAGACCCAUUGACAUUAUCAACGGUAGCAAUAGCCAAACCAAUGGCGGUUAUUAUAACCAAGCAGCUGCCAGCUAUGGCAAUGGCAAACGCAAUGGCAAUGGUAAUGGCAACGGGAAUGGGAACGGAUCUGGCAGCUACAAUUCCAACUCUUACAAUGGCAAUGGUAAUGGUAAUGGCAAUGGCAAUGGCAAUCCAAACAUGAAGAACAAGCAACGCAAUCGAGUACGGCGAGAGAGUAGCAUGCGAUUACAGCAACAGCAAACGUUUGGCAGUGAAGCUGAUGAUCCGCUGCUGCACGAGGAAUUCGAUUUCGAGGGUAAUUUAGCGCUUUUCGACAAGCAAGCCAUUUGGGAUGACAUUGAGUCGACGCACCAGAAGCCGGAUGUGGUGCGUCAUGCGGUGCACGUGCAGAAGCAGAAGCAACAGGAGAAAAAGUACCGUCACGACGAAAACAUCUUGGCUAGCAAGCCGCUGGAGCUACGUCAGAUUGAGAGCAUUUUCGAUGGCAGCCAAGAUUUUGUGACGGACGAUGGCCUCAUCAUACCUACUAUACCGGCCUAUGUGCGCAAUCGCAUAGAGCUAAGUGCCGAGAAGGCGGGCUUAUCAAUCCAGCGACAGAUGGAUAUUUUAGCGCGUGGCGCCAGCGAUUUGGCCAUCACAUUGCUUGGUGGCGCACGUCGUUUAACGCCCGCCAACAAUCAUCAAUGGCCGAAGAUUGCCAUAAUUUGUGAUGGCGUUAAUACUAUGAGAACAAUCAACAUCGGCGCUGUUACUGGUCGUCUGUUGGCCUCACAUGGCCUAACUGUUCUACUUUAUGUGGAGAAUGCGCAGCUCAUAGAAAAAAACAACAACUUGGAGGUUGCUUUAUUUAGAGCUACUGACAACACCGUGGUACAUUCGGUGGACGCUAUGCCCACGCCAGAUCUUGUGAUACUAUCGACAAAUACCGUUAAUCUAUCGGAUGCUGUAAAAAAAUGGCUUAGCGUCAAUCGCGCCUCGGUGCUUGCUGUGGAUCCGCCACCUUGUGGCAUUAAGGAUGUUUCUAUAAAGUACUCAAUUUUACCCAUUCUACCGUUAAGCCAAGAUUCAAGCACUUCGACUACUGCUGCAGCAGCAGGAACGUCAACAGCAACCGCUAAGACAACAACGAAUAAUUGUGGCAAAUUGUAUUUAUGUAAUUUAGGUAUACCAGAUAAAUUUUAUCGUGAUUGUGGCAUUAAGUACAAAAGUCCGUAUGGACAUAAAUAUGUGAUACCGAUUCACUCAAAGGACUGAAAACAAAACAAAAAUCAGACAACAUCAGCAUAAAACACACAAACGACAACAACAACAAACCUAUCAUCAACAACAACAAAAACAAACAUCAGCAAUGAACCAUAAAGAAACAAACAACACACAUGUGAUGAUCAUCAAAGUCCUGUUUCCUGUGAAUCUAGCUAGCUCUUAGAAGUCUCUCAUAUACAACUCACAUUUAGUUUUUAAUCAACGGCGCAUAUAUAGAUCUAUAAAUUAAGCUUAUUCCGACUUUUCAAAACCCCAAAUGAGCUGCCCUAGCCUUGUGCCGAACUACAUUCAUAACUUCGUAUCUAUAUUUAUUUAAAUAACUACUAAAUAUAUAUAUUUUUAAUUGAGUGUUGUACAAAUCCUUAAAGCUAGUCCAUUAUUAUUGCAUUUCCAAAAUUUUCUAACCACAUUUGAUGAAUCUAGCUCCCACCCACCCGCAAGAACUAUCCCAUAAAGGAGUCUAUAGCUUUAAAGACAAAAUAGAUAACCCUAAAAUUCAAAAC